AGGUGGUAGAUCAUUUCUUUUAGCUCGCACUACUAGAAAAUCAUUCCGAAAGUUGUUGCCUUCAUUUUCUAACCUUUCUUACUUAUCACCAUCCUUGUCCCACCCGGGAACGGAAAGUAAGUAUUGUUACUUCAACAAGACCGUGGACGUGGACGGCAAAAUUAAGUAUUAAAAAAGUUGCUGAUGAAAAAAAGCAUUUGAACGUAAACUCACCUGUGCAUGUCGGGACCACUCCGCCCACUGCUCCAGCCUACAGAUUUUGAUAACUACCCAAGAGUUAACAACAGCGCUGCACUUUUAAGCAAGACCCCCCAGACCGUCAAGAGGGAGAGCAGCUUUCUUCAAAACGGUCGCAAAGAGGAGGAGAACUCGUCCCUAUCGCCCCCGCAAACGGAUUACAACUAUGUAGAAAUCGAGGCGGACCUCACGCCCAGCGCAAGAACUUCGCAUGACAUUGAAACUGCCCCGUUUAAUAGUAUUCGAAGCCAGCACUCUACUCCUUAUCCAUCUUUCCAAAGAACUACUAGUACAACUACUGGCGCUACAACGGCUGGACGUGAUCCAACUAUAACUGAAGGAAGCAGUAGUAUAUGUAUAUUUUCCUACCAAAGAACAAGUGUUAUCUCGACCAUUGCCGAAUCUGUGUACGCUAUGGUACUCUCUAGCUUCAGUACAUCAACGCGCGGAGCUGCUGGUGGCACAAGUCCGACCAGUGCGGCCGCCACUAGGGUGGGUUUGCUCUCUAGCGCGGCCGUUGCCACAGGCGCGGUAAACACUUCUAGUAGCACAGGUAGUUAUAAUUGUGGCCCUGGUGCAGCCCGUAGUUCAUUUUUCUCCUGCUGUAAUUUGGCAGGAGGAGUCUCACCGAAUUCCCCAAAGCAAUUGUUUGUGUCCUUGGUAGCAGUUUCGUUGCUGUUUUUCCUCGUUAGUGUGUAUCAUCGUAAAGGCUCUACAACCAUUGGGAGUUACCUUUCGCAAGUCUCAACCAUGACGGCCGAGGUGGCGGUCUCGCUGCUGCUGUCCGUGCCGCCGGUGCUGGGCAUCUUCUGGGCCUAUGCAUUGCAAAUAGGUCUUCGUCUGGAAAAUGAGUUACGAACAUAACCUGUACUGCGAAUUUCGAAUGAAGCAAAAGUCUGUGAUGGACGACGAAGCAGAUGUUGAGCACAACAAAGUUUAUCAUACAAUGCGACGGCAAGUUCCGCAUUUUUGCGUGCCUUUCUACUUUACUUUGUGAAAGAUCUCUGUCAUGUCUGGCUAGGUUUUGAUAGGUACGUUGGUUUGUUGCUGAUAUCAGGCGACAGCAGGCAUAUUAACAAGAUUCCAGAGCCAGAUCGAUAUUUGCAGUGGAUAGGCCCGUGCUGCAGACCAAAUGGGUCCACGACGUGGAGCUAAAGGAGCCGGCAGAGGAGCUCAAGCAGAUCACGUCAUAUGGAUUGCAAAAAUGUCUGGGUCUGGAAGAAUGCAAGAUUUGUCAUGCAUAUUUCUCAUGACCCAUGAUGCCUGUAAUGCAUCCCCUAGCAUCGCAGACAUUUAAAGGGCUUCCUGAUGCACUUUCCGCAUGAGAAAUGCCCUGUCCGUGUAGCACAAACUGUACCCCUCUUGCUGGUCAUGCAAUACAAAAUUUUUUAGAGUCCAAAAACAGCAUGACAAAUUGCAAUCUUCCAGACCCAGACAUUUUUACACUUGAUACGUCAGGUGAUGCCUCGAUUCAGCCAGGUCUCGAACGAGAGAAAGCAAACUCGCGCUAUCGAUUUCAUAGAAACCAAACUAAUUUAAUGAGAGACAAAUACUCACUUAUUACAACUUCGUUUUUUUUUCAAUGAACUUGAAUUUGAUGCUUCCCACCUGCUUUUGCUUUUCAUUCUUCUGCAACUUCCAGGUGAUGCACAUAAGUAUUAAGUACUACUCCUACAUCUCGCAUGUUCAAGUUCAUCAGCUUAUCUGCGCAUAAGAACCUCAUCUCGUUUCCUGCUGAUGACGACGUUCGGCAAAAAGAAAGAAAGAGAAACCAAAAGUCAUCCGCCCCACUAAAUUUCCACAACAGGCCUGAUAAAGAACAGCCAAACGGUGGGGAAGAUGCAGGAGAUCGCCAAUGCCAUUGCGAAGGGCGCGGACGCCUUUCUCCGCAUCCAGUAUGCCUGGAUCAUGGCCUUUUGCCUCGCGUUUUCCGUGGUCAUCUACGAGUUUUUUUCGCACAUUUUGUCCAAGCCCAGCCUCGGCGCCGCCACGGUGCUCGCCUUCCUGCUGGGGGCGCUGACCUCCAUUCUGUCGGGGUACAUUGGAAUGAAAGCGGCGGUAAUGUGCAAUUUGAAAACCGCCCACCAGUGCUGGGCCGAGGGCAUCGAGGCGGGGUACGCCGUGGCCGUGCGUGGGGGGUCCAUUCUGGGCUUUGCACUGGUCUCGCUCGGGAUCGGAGUCAUGUUGGUCGUGAUAAAAAUAUUCGAGCUCUGGCAAGUGGACAACGGUAUAAUUCUGUGAGUGCUACAAGUAGAGGUGGACUAUGCUUCUUUUCUUGUUGUUGUUCACAAUGAUCACAGCAAUAAAGCCAGCGACACAAAUAAUUCAUCUCGUGUUUAAUAUGGUUCGUCUUGCAAUUUCUCCUCCAAAAAUACAAGACUUCCAAAAGCAUGAAAAAUAAUAAUCCACACCUGUUUACUAUACAACUAGGCUCCAUCCUUUCCCUCUAUGAGGCCUUGGCCGGCUUCGGACUCGGAGGCUCUGCGGUCGCACUUUUCGGCCGCGUGGGUGGCGGUAUCUACACAAAGGCGGCUGACGUCGGGGCGGAUCUUUCUGGUAAGAAUACCCGUAAAUUGCAAUAUAAGUUCCUGCUUUUCUGAGUUACUCACAACUUGCUCAUGCUUUAUGAUGUCGUUCUGGAGCAUGCAUGGCACACGUUCUCCUUCUCUCGCGUCAAAUUCUGCAUGAAGAGCACGCUUUUACAACAAAAAUGAAUUCACUAAACACCUAGGCAAAAACGAGUGGGGCAUGGACGAGGACGAUCCGCGCAACCCGGCCUGCAUCGCGGACAACGUGGGGGAUAACGUAGGGGACAUUGCCGGUAUGGGCGCUGAUCUGUUCGGUUCCUUCGCUGAGGCUACCUGCGCGGCGAUGAUUAUCGCCGCGAAGUCUUUCGACGCGGCGUACGUCGCCAACGGUCCCAGCCCCCCGGGGCUCGCCAACAGCUACGCGGGUUUGAACUUUCCGAUCCUGAUAUCCAAUUGCACAAGAACAACGACUCCCCCUUGUUCCCCUCCUUUGUUCACGCUGGGCAUGAGCAGCGGCAGUAGAACCAUGCCCAUCAGAAGUAACACUAACACUGCAGCCUGCGCAUGACAAAGAAAUCUAGCUCACUGAACUUGAGGGCUCUUCCGAAAUACGACCUUGUUAUCAUGCAAUAAAUGAUAAAUAUAGUCCCGGAGGACAGAAAAAAAAUGAAAUUUUUAAUUUUGCAUGAGAAAUGACUGAGAACAAGGGGGUGGGUCGAGGUCUUGUGCAACUCUGAUACCUGAUCAGCUCCUUGGGCGUGCUCGUCGGCUUGGCCACCAUGGGAAUCGUGCUGUACAUGCCCUACUUUGCGGUUCGAAACACCGCGCAAAUCGAGGGCGCACUGAAGGCGAUCUUGAUCGUGUCCACGGUGUUGGAGUCCGUCGCGGCCACGGUCGCGGCCUACGUGUUCCUCCCAAGCGAAUUCCGCCUGGCCAUGGACGACGGGACCAUGGUGGUCCGAGGCACGUUGGAUUUGCUGAUCCCGAUCAUUCUCGGUUUGUGGGGAGGUCUGAUCAUCGGCAUCGUGACCGAAUACUACACGUCGCACUCCUACCGACCGGUGCGCGAAAUCUCCGAGACCCAGCAGGUUUCCGCGGCCACGGGCAUCAUCUACGGGUUGGCACUGGGCUACCUUUCCUGCAUCAUCCCGAUUCUGGUGCUGGUCCUCACCGUACUCGUCUCCCACAACCACGCAGGCAUGUACGGAGUGGCCCUGGCAGCCUUAGGCAUGCUCUCCACGUUGACACUUGGUAAUAUUCUCUAUUGAAUAUAGGACUUUUGAUUUGAUAUGAAAUUUGCAGUCGAAGAUCAUCUUUUCCUCUCGACGACACAGAGGAAGAGGAUUUUUUUGCUCUUCUCGUCAUUUAUAAAAUGUUUCUCUGCGGCAGAUAGAAAAGCAGAUCAAGAACCAGUACGUAGCCGUGAACAAGAAGACCAUGUUGAUGCGUGUCGUGUGAAAACAACAUUUUGCAACUAAUUCGGAAUAGACGAAGAGCAUUUUGCUAGUACUGGUGGUUUCCUCUUAGUCUUAACAACAUCGUCAUCAACGAACAACAUAUUUUUGUGAAAUUAUCAGGUCUUACCAUCGACGCCUACGGUCCCAUCUCUGACAACGCGGGCGGCAUCGCGGAAAUGAGCGGGCUCGGGGCUUCCACCCGCGAGCUCACCGACGCACUGGAUGCGGCGGGCAACACCACCGCGGCGAUCGGCAAGGGCUUUGCGAUCGGCUCCGCCGCACUGGUGUCUCUAGCACUGUUUGGCGCCUUCAAAGUCCGGGCGGGGGUGCAGACGGUGGAUAUCAAGUGCAAAAAUGUCUGGGUCUGGAAGGUUAGAACUUGUCAUGCUAAAUCUGAAUGAUGCAAAAAUCUGUGUUGCGUGAGUGCCAAGAGCUGUCCGCUUUUGACUUUUGACCAAAAUGAGAGGGACUUUCUCAUGCAGGAAAGGCAUAAAAGAGACCUCAAAAAAUCUGUCAUGCUGGGUCUCGCAUUCCAGACCUCAUGGGUCAUGGAAAACCUGCAUCACAAAUCUUGCAUUCUUCCAGACCCAGACACUUUUCAUUGUAAUAGAGGACGUGUCGGACCCACUCGUGUGGAGCGGGCUGCUGGUCGGCGUAUCAUUUGUAAAAACGUCCCCACCCCAUAGUCAAGAUGGGGAAUCGGCUAGAAAAGUCCACAAGCUUUGGCUGUUUCGCAUGACAAAUUUGGACUCGUAGCGUAGUGCUGUUUCUUUGGGGUAGUUCAGCAGCAUCACAGAUCUAGCACAUCGUGCUGACUGGAGCAUGACAAAUUCCAAAACGGCACUUUUUUUGCUUCUCAUGGGGCUCCGCAUGACAAACACUUUCAGCAUGCAGGUUUGGCGGGGACGUUUUUAAAUACGAUACGGCGCUAUGCUGCCCUACGCGUUUUCGGCAAUGACGAUGAAGAGCGUUGGCGUGGCGGCACAAGAUAUGGUAUGGAUAUGAUAUUAUACCCUUGUCUACUUGCGACGUACGAUGUUACUUACGAACCUCGCGGCGCUCGCCGUCCUAGCUGCGUGGCGACUAUUUGACGGACAUCAAGUAGUUAUUUCUCCUGCAAGUGUAGAGAAAACAAGCGUUUCCGAACAUGAAAAUGUCUUGUCCAAGAAGUGAUGAAAAAAACCGCUGCCGGAAAACAAAAAAAUAAAAAGCCGCUGUGUACUAUAAAAAGAUCCCUCCUCAGGUAAACGAAUGCAUGCGUCAAUUUCCGCUGAUUGUGGACGAGGGGAGAGAACCGGAUUACGACACCUGCAUCAAGAUUUCCACCGAAGUAUGAACUGCAAAGACGUCUGGCUCUGUAAAAUCGUAACCUGUAAUUUUGCCGUCCGUCUCACGCAGGCCCGGGGGCGGGCUAGACACUUGAAGAAGGUGUUGGAAAAAUUUGCUAUGCUUGGCCGCACUCAAACAAAAGGAUGCUUAUGCUCAAUGACCAGAAUGCAGCACCACAGGUUCUUUCCACACCCAGACAGAUUUGCAAUGCAUACGAAGCCAGUCUACGCGAGAUGAUCCUCCCAGGAGCGCUCGUGAUUUUCACCCCAAUUUUAUCCUGCGUAAAAACGUCCCCACCUCCCUUGUCUAGAACUAGAAGAUUGGAAAUUUGAUUGAAUUUUCGAUACAUGCUACAUCAAAAUAAAGCAGUCGAUAAUCUGUGAUGCGGCUAUGUUACGACUUCUACAGUCCGAUGUAGCCGAAGUUGUCAUUAUAGAAGUCCCAAAACUCGUGAACGUGUCUACCUAGCAAGCUUCCGAUCUUGUGUCGACUGCAUGAUGAGGAGGCGAUAAAAUUUUUACUCCGGAUAAAAAUUCACCGGCUUGGUCUUCGGCAAGGAAUGCGUGGCCGGGUUGUUGUCCGGAAUUCUCGUGUAUCAAGUGCAAAAAUGUCUGGGUCUGGAAGAAUGCAAGUUUGUCGUGCUUAUCUCACAUGACUCUUAAAUUUGUCAUGCACAUUACCCGAGCGCCCCAUUUUUCUGUCAUGCAGAAACGCAGUUUCUCAUGCAGAAUAAGCAACACCUAGAAGCUCAGAAACUUAUCAUGCUGAGCCACCUUCGUGAUACGCCGCCCAGUAUCAUAACUUUCCAGACCCCGACAUUUUUACAUUUGAUAUCGUGUCCGGCGUGCAGCUGGCAAUUUCCAUGUCAAACACCGGCGGAGCCUGGGACAACGCGAAGAAGUACAUUGAAAAGGGCGGCCUGGGACCGGAGAGCUGUAUAGAAAAUGUUAUGUAAAUUUACGAACUCGACUUGCAAAAAAUAAAAACUGGACUUCAAAUUGUCACCUGACACGACCAUUCGCCGUGAGCUGCUGUGUGUGAUUAACGUUUACGCAUCUACAUCAUCGACGUCUCAUGUAAGUAUACUUUUAUGCAGCAUGAAGAUGAUGUCAAAACUACAAGAAGAGAUCUUCUCCGAAAUAUUAAAACCAACAGCCAAGGGUAGCAAGGCACACCAGAACGCGGUCACCGGGGACACGGUUGGCGACUAUGAAAGUGCAUAACUCCCCCUCCCCCUCAUUUGUCAUGUAAGUUCCCAAAUCCAGGCUGUGCGGUGCCUCUUGGCACUGUUUGCAUGACAAGUUUUGGUAGCCCAAAAAGCAUAGUGCAUUCCAGUGUGAAUCUGUCAUGCAAAACCGGCAUUCUUGGUGAUGCUUGUACUGCCGUCCAUGCUAUACAAAUGAGGGGGAGGGGGAGUUGUGCACUGUUAUAGCGACCCGCUGAAGGACACCUCGGGGCCGAGUCUGAACAUUUUGGUGAAGUUGUCCGCGAUUAUCUCACUGGUAUUCGCGGAGGUGUUCAUCAGCACGGGGUGGCUCGCAACCUCGAAUGCCGUGGGCGGCGCGGCUGCCGUGAGCCCCACGUCCCAGCCAGCGGUUCCGAAUGCUGCCAUGAAGGCCAGCUCUCUGGCCGUCAAAUCGCUGUGAGCGCCUCCUCGUGCAGAUGAAUGGAAGAGGACGAAAAAAUAAUCACCUAUCGCUUCGCUUAUUCUACUUCUCUCAAGAGCUUCCUCAUCUAGCAAUCAAUCUCUCUGCGCCGGAGUUAAAGAUGAUAACAAUGACGAAGUUCAGGAGAUGAUACGGGGGAAGUAGAAGUAGUAGUGGGCGAGAGGAAAAUAACAAUGACUCCUUGGAAAAAACUAACCGCACGACGGUGCUGGUGCAGUAAGUAGAAGAAGUACUGCUAGUAAAAAUGCCGAUGAUGUUAAUGCUGGUGCUGGCAAAAAAUAAAAGCCCAGGCCGCUCACCUACACAGGUGCCGCAGAGGAAAGCCGAUCAGUACUAUCCAUCCUGAAAAUAGAUGAGCGUGGGUGUAGUGGCUUCCGUAGUUCUUCCGAGAAAAAAACGAAACGAGGAACGACCAAAGUUACCCGUCCCAACAAUCCUCGGCUGACGAGAGAUGAAGAACAAUUUUUUCAAUUUGAAUUUACUGUUUACUGUAGCUUAUCGUUUACUGUCAGAAGAUUUGAAGAAGAUUUUAUACGAAGAUUCAGCAUUGUCAGAUCAUUGAUAGCACCAAGCCAAGGAUCUCAAUUGGUGACGAAAAGAAUAAGAAAAAUUGUGACUGUUUUACUCGGGAUAUGAAUUUGUGAGCUCCGCUUUAGCUAAGACUUGCAAUGCCUUGUACAAGCUACCUACAUCAUAGGCUUUCCAUUCCGCAGCCAACUCGCUCCAAAGCGUUGUGGUGCGGUGGUGAGCGAUUGAGCUAGAGCUACUUUGCAGCUAGAAAUACCGCGGACGCAGCGAGGGACCACGCGGCUGUCCUGUAGUACCUUUUUAUUCGACCUCUCUAGUGCAACCUAGGUACUUAACCCUGCAGGAGCUGAUGGUGCUGAUUAUAGAUAUUUGUGGCAAGAGACUUCUAGAUUAUUUACCCCGUUUCUUCCUAAACUUGUAAAUCCGUUUCAGCUCUUCCAAGCAGCAUCGCCGCCAAUAAACACAGGCGACACGGUAUCCCGCGAAAAACCUGCUUUACUAACCCGAUGGAUUUUGUUUUUGCAUGUUUGUAUGCAUGACUCACAUCAAAAUAAAGCUGCCAUGUGUGCAUGAGGAUAAGCAAGUUUCGUAGGAGAAAAAAUAAACAUGGCGGGAAAAAUCCCAUGUUUUGUAGUUGUUCUAGCUCCUGCAAGGCAUGAAACUCUCGAAGACCGCGGCUUUCUCGUCUCCAUCACAUUGAGGUCACAGUGAAGCAGUUUUUUCUCGCGAUAAAUGGAAGAACAGGCAGCCCUUUGCUUUUAACCUUAUUGAACUUCUAGAUUCUUUUUUCUCUUCCAAAUAGUAACGCAUGUGUUAUCUGUGCUUCUAGUGCUGUAAUUGCAGCAGGCGGGUGCCGUUGCAGAUGUUUCCGUGGUCCCUGCUGAGCCGCGCUCAGACGGGGGACACUACUUUCGAAUUCAGAAAAUGCUCACGCUAAUGCUAUACUCGAAGAUAAAGAAGAUCGUCGACCUCAAAGGAAGGACAGUUAUGGAUGUGAAAUCAAAUAUUUUGCUUACUGUGCUAUUUUGUAACAAGACAAGAAUUAUUUCUACUAUUUGAGCUUUUUUCGAAUCUGUAUCUUCCGUGUCUGCCCGCGUUUCGUGGCCAGCAGCGCUCGGACGAGCGAAAUGAUCAUAGCUACUAUUGUGGAGCUAUUGACACGAGCUACGUGCUCUUGGUGGACUUGCUUCAUCUUCGGAUGUAAGUAGUCUCCCGCCUGCUGUUGUGGGGCUCGUGGCAUCAUCUUGGGCGUCGUCUACUGGUUUUGUUCCUCAUUGUAAG